AUGCCUUUCUACGACAUCUCUCACUCUUAUGCCUUUACCCCAGCUCAGCGGGAGGCGCUAGCGGAGCGCAUUACCACACUCCACUGUACCAUGUUCAAUACCCCGUCGAUGUUUGUGAAUAUCCGCUUUGCCCCCAUUAAAGACGAAGAAUACUGGUACGGCCGGAAGCGCAAGCCCAACACUAAUCGAAUCUUUGGCCAUGUGCGAAGUGGCUCUAACCGGAGCGCCGAGGCUUUCGCAAAGCUGGCUGAGGAGAUCGAGGCCAUCUGGGAUGAUGUUGUAGGCAAGACGGAGUCCGACGUCGGGCCUGGUAACCCAAAGACCUUGCAGACAGUGUUUAUUGUCCCAGGCAUCACGACAAGGGAGGAGAGUCUUGCAAUUCCGCCGGCUGGAACGGAAAAGGCCUGGCUGCGGGACAACCUGGAAUCAUUCAAAGAGAGGGCAGGACGUGGCGACCAGGAUUUCAAAGACUUGCUGGCGGAAUUGGAGGCUAGGCCUGAGUUGAUGACCUGA